AUGUCGACAAGUGAUAAACGAUAUUUUCAACAUACAUUACAUUAUUUUCCUAGUGUUGAAAAUGAUGCAUCACGUGUUACAUGGGCUCAUGCUGUUAAUAGUCGAGAAAAACUUGAAGAAGCACUUAAAAGUCCAUUGAUGUUUAUUGAAGCUGACAUUUUAAUCGGUUCAUCAUCUCCUAGUCCUAUUAUGGCACAUCCACCACAUACGACAAGUGAUUUAACAUUUUCAGAAUUUCUUAAAGAAAUUAAAUCAACAAGUAAAGGUUUAAAACUUGAUUUUAAAGAUAUUAAUGCAUUACAGCCGUGUCUUCAUGAACUUGAAACACAAAAAGAUAAUAUUAAUGGUCCAAUUAUUCUUAAUGCUGACAUUGUACGUGCAAAUCCUCAAUGUGCUCAACCCAUCGAUGCUCAACGUUUUCUAAGUGAAAGUCUUGCUUUUGCUUUUCGUGUAAUUCCUCAAUUAAUGAUAUCAUUUUCACUUGGUUGGACAACAAUCUAUGAUAGAACAAGCAAUUCUUAUACAUGGUCAAGUGUUAUUAAUAUGUAUCGAACAAUAACAAAAAAUGAUAAUUAUUCGCUAUUUAAUUUUGAAAUAACAUUUCCUAUACGUCUUUCAUUAGCACUUAAUUCAUUUGAACAACUUCAUUGGCUUGCAACCGUAACAAAAUCAGGUUUAACAUUUUGGUCACCUAUUGAUGAAGUUGAAUAUACAAAUGAAAAUUUAAUUCGUUUAUCAAAAUUUCGUGAACAUUUUAGUCGUUCAUUAAUUUAUUAUGAUUUACCAUCACCAUUUGAUAGAUGGAUUAAUGAAAAUAUUUCUAAACCAAAUGAAAAAGAUAUAUGUCCAUCAAUGAAAGAUCAUUGGCAUACGACAACAGGUCAAGAAGAUGAUGUCUUAGUAUCAGAUUUUAGUGCUGUAUUAUUAAAAUCGAAUGUAUUUUUACGUACAAAACAAACAUUUGAUUCAACUGUUGAUUGUACAUGGUCAGGUACAAUUGAAUUUUUAUCUGAUGCAUCAUCACAAUCACAAGCUGUUCUCUGUUAUCUCGCUGAAACUGAACAUACAUCAAAAGCAGGAAUGACAAUAACAAUUUCAAAAACAGGUUCAGUUGAAGUUGUUUAUGAAAAUUCUCAAGGUUCAUCACAAAGUGAUGAAAGUCUGGUUUUUCCAAGUUAUGCAUAUGCAUUUCGUAUUAAAGAUUCAAUAUCAACAAUUCAUAUUGAAAUUUCAUCACUUCAUAUUGAAAAUCUUUCAUCAUUAUCAUCUACUCCAACUUCUAUUGAAUUAACUGUAUUUCUUGAUACAAAUCGUCGACGUAUAGCAUCUUCAGAUGAAGAUAAACAUUUUCAUGCUGCUGUUAUGGGACAAAAUAUUGAACAUAUGUCAUCAACGAAUCAUAUUCCAAAUGGUGGUAUUAUAUUUUCUCGUCUACGUCUUACGCAAGAAUUAAUAUCGACAGAUUAA